UCCGAGCCCACCUUCCCCACGCCUCCCCCGCCGCACGGGCUGCAGCAGCCGCCCUCACCGGGCGGGACUACAGAACGCCGGCGGGGCCGGGCGGGUGCCGGCUAUCAGUUAGCAGGACCCCGCCCUCUCCGGCCCGUCUCAGACUCCCAGGGGAAUCUCCUAGGGAGAUGGCCAGAGAUGCUUAAAUAGUCCUCUGCAAUUGGGUGCAAGUGGUAGACAACUUUUCUUUCUGCAGACCACUUUGAUCUGCUCAGCCUCAGAACGCUCUCUUUUUAGCCUUGGGCAUGGCGUGGUCCAAAAAGGUUACCCUCUCACUGCUCAGCCGCGAGCAGUCGGAAGGGGUUGGAGCGUGGGUCCGCAGAAGCAUCGGCAGACCUGAGGUACCUUACCUCCUGGAAGGGGGCAGCGUGGCCCAUGAAGACUUCUGUGGACACACUGGCCAGUUGGACCCAGGAGACCUGCAGUGGAUGACCGCGGGCCGGGGCAUCGUGCACGCCGAGAUGCCUUGCUCGGAGGAGCCAGUCCACGGCCUACAGCUGUGGGUUAACUUGAGGAGCCCACAGAAGAUGGUGGAGCCUCGGUACCAGGAACUGAAAAGCAGCGAAAUCCCUAAACCCAGUAAGGAGGCCGUGACCGUUGCUGUCAUUUCUGGAGAAGCCCUGGGAGUCAAGUCCAAGAGUUACACUCACACACCAGCUUUAUAUUUGGACUUCAGAUUGGGCCAAGGAGCAAAGCAUUCCCAGUCUAUUCCUAAAGGGUGGACAAGCUUCAUUUGUACCAUAUCUGGAAAUGUGUAUAUUGGACCUGAUGACUCGCAACAAAAAAUAGAACCUCAUCACACAGCCGUGCUGGGGGAAGGUGACAGUGUCCAGGUGGAGAACAAGGAUCCUGAGAGAAACCACUUCGUCCUGAUUGCUGGGGAGCCAUUAAGAGAACCAGUUGUCCAACAUGGUCCAUUUGUGAUGAACACAGAUGAAGAGAUUUCUCAGGCCAUUCUUGAUUUCAGAAGCAAAAACGGCUUUGAAAGAGCCAAAACCUGGAAAUCAAAGAUUGGAAACUAGUGACAAGCGCAAGGGCAGGUCUGGCUGCCUUCUAGAAUUUUGCCCUUUGUGGCAUCCACCCGUUCAGUGCAUCCAGUUUCCAAAGCUGACUUCGCCAGUGCUUCUAAAGAAUUCCACACUCAAGUGAUGACAUGUU